GUGUGUAUUUUAGUAAGUCCUUAAGCUAGCAAUUGGUGGCAAGGUAAGUUGUAUUUUUCUUUUCUCUGUUACAGUGCUUUGUGUUUGGAAGUAGUCACUCGGCACCCAUAGUUUGAGGUGAAAUGUCCUUUUAUAUGUCAGGGUGUGUAAAUCUAUGGUAGGGACUUUCUAAGUUCUCCUUUCUGGCAUUGCUGUAACUGCAGGUGCAGAGUUCAGUGCAUAUAGAAAAUAAAUCAAGUUUCACCAUCUUGUUUCCAGCUACGAGCAGCGCUGAGUCUGAUGUACACGUGGGACAUGAGUAUUUAAUCUAGGAGGGAAAGGAAGGAUCAUCACUUUCUCUAGUGCUAGUGACCAUUUUAUUCUUGUGAAAAUUAGUUGACUUUAUUUAUUUAUUUCAUUGGUGGCUUCUAAGUGUCAUGUUGUUAAAUUUUGUUUCACUCUCACAUCUCUCUUUCACUGUUUUCUUCUUAGUGAACUUUCGGUGAGCGCAUUUUGUUUUCUUAUUGCCUUCCAGAUUCUGUUCGCCUCUUCCCUCAGUCAUCCAAAUGUCUGUAAAGUGUCCUAGUGGGGACUCAGUUGUGCACGUGAGAUGGAAAAUGUGUAGUCUUAGUUAGGAAACGUGCUGCUUUGAUGUUAGCUCCAUGUGCUGGAGCAGCCUGUUGCUCCCUACCAGGAGCCUUUUCAUUCAUGAGGGUGGAGACUCAAAUUCUGCACAGAUCUGUAAUCCGGACAAGCUCAAUGAUGUUACAGUGCAUAGAAUUUGAUUCAAAAUGAUGCCACUCGCUUUGAUUUUGAAAUGAUUAAAUUAAUACUUCCAAUAAACCCAGAAGUUUACUUAGGCUUUUGUUGUUGCUGUUUUGGGCUGGUAAUUUGUUCGCAUGUUUUGUUUGUUCAUGGUUUUUUUUGUAUUUUUUUCUUUAAUUGAGACACCUGGAUUUAUGCAAGUUUUCCUUUAUUAGCUUUUAUGUGUUAUUAUAUCAUAGGGUAGUAUUAAACAAGUCAGCAGCUUGUGUUGCAAAAUCACAUACAUUAUCUCAUGCCUUGGGAAAUGCAGGUGGAGUACAGCUGUUAAAUAUUUCUCCUGCCUUUCCAGUGCUAACUCUGGUGAACAGGAAACGUGCAUCUCCUCUUUGUGUCUGAUCUUCUGCUGAGGCACUGAGCUUUGCUGUUCUGUUAGUUGUCUAUAUCCAUGUGCAGCUUUUCAAUCCAUACAUUUUUGGUGUUUUAGUUCUGGUGUAACUGCAUACGUGAGGUGUCACCACCUGCUUUACUUAGCAUAUGUUUGCUAGAGGAUGCUCUAUGCAGCACUACAUCCCAGGAGAGAGUCACAAGCUGAAGGCGUAUGAAUGUAUUGCAGCUUCUCAAAAGAAGUGCAGAAAGCCUGUUGCAGAAGACUUUUGAGAAAACCUCAGCACCUCUUCAGGAAGGGAACAAUGAGAAGAACAAGACAAGGAAUAGGGAGCCAGCUGUUUCACAUAUGCAGUCUAUAUUUGAGGCAGUACCACUGUCAUUGGGUAUUUCACGCUGCAGUUUAUGGGACACCUUUUCUUUGAAACAGGGUUUUAGGUAUAGGAGGGACAUAUUUCACUGUGGGGUGGAUGAGGAAGGAUCAGAGGUGCUGAGCAGUUGGGUUGACUUCAUUUCUUCCUCACUCCUCCCACCCUUGAAGCAGGUUUCAUUUCUUUGGAUUCUCUGAUGUAUUGCUUUGCACUCCUUUGCUUGGGCUGGGGCCCUCAGAAGAAUCUGAGACAACAAAGUCAAAAAGUUGCUGGCUGCAGGAAUUGCUUGGGAGAGACCUUUUAAACAAGUAAGAGAAGUAGGUAGGAGCGCUCUGCAGGUGCUCCUCGUACUCGAUCAUCCCUCUGUUUGGAUGGCCUGAACUUAUCCUUAAAGAGGACUGUGCAAUAGCAAAUGGUUGAGUUGGUUGUCUUGUUUUGCUGGAAAGGGGGGAAAUGAGGAUGAGUUUUAUUUUGUGUCUCCAAAAGUGAUCUCAAAUCCAAGGUCACAUUUUAUCCAAACAGAUACGCGGUGCCCCUGAGCACACUGUAGGUAUUUACUUAAAACACGUUCUCUGGUUUUUUUAAGAAACUGCUCUGGCAGUGUUCUAGCUCCUGAAAAAGGAAUUUUUCUCAUGCUGCUAUUUUUAAAGGUGUCUUUAAAGCAUCCACCUUCCUUCGAGGCUGGCAGCGUCAGGUUCCCGAGAUGCAUCUAGGCACACAGGCUGUGUUGUCCUGCCCUGUGGAGGAACAGUUGGCCGCAUUAGCUGUGUUUCAGGGCUUUUUCUUGGAACUGGCCUGAAUCUGCUCCUGUGAACUAAUUGCUCCCUUUUAGUAGGCAGAGCGUGUCCUCUGGUGUCGUUUCAUCUAAAAGCAACCCGUGCUGGGCUGUUUCAGAGCGCCCUGUCGCAUAUACCAGAAUGCAGUGAGUGGAGAUAUAGUUGGAGAUGUCUGUUUCUGGAGUGAAUCAUUCAUACUAGUGCUUCUCUGGAUAGCUGAUAAUUGUUGAAAUCUUCAGAUGCGUCUCUCUGGGAAGAUGUUUUUGUUUGGAUAUCCAUAUGGGAAUUCUAAGUCUCCACAUAGAAAUUCAGAGCUUGAAAAUCUGUUUUUUUCCCGAAAUGGGAUGUGACAUACAGGAGGUGACCAGGAAGAGCCCUAGUUGCUGGAGCUUUGGGCUUUUGUGUGUGUGUGCAAUUGUCUGCUUAAGUAGUUAAUAAUCUGAAAAGCUGUCAGAGUAACUGCAUUAUGGGACAUAAAUACCAUAAACCACCAGAUGCAUUUGGGCAUAAUUUGCAGUGAUUUCAGGCCACUUAUGGCACUGAUAUUAAAUAACGGUGGUAGAGUAAAAGAGUGAGUGAUAUUCUGUUAGCAACAUGUAAAGUAUUCUCCUGUUGCAUCACCUGUACAGUGUGAAGUUGUGCAGGGCAGCAUUCUGGGCAGGACAGAGAACUUCAGCAUUUUAUCUUUCUAGAAACCUUCCGUGCUGACAUUUAGUUCAGUAUGGAUCAUCUCCCUGAGCAAGGAGUGCACACGUACCUUACACAACACCGGAUGUGUUCCUUCAAUUAGCGUUUCUGCCCAUCUGUAGCUAUUUUGAGAGGAACGAUGUGGGCUUAGGUAGAAAGAGUGACUCGGCAAAAGGGCUGCAGGAAGUGAGAAAAGGAGAAGGGAUUUUCCCUUCUCUCCUGGGAAGAAGUGCCUCUGCAUUCCCACUGUUCUGACCCUUCAGAAGCCUUUGAGAUGUGGUCUCCUGCUAGCAUCAGACCUAGCAUUGAUUAAGGUAAUUUUUUCCUUCCUUUCCUUUCUCAGCGUUCUCCCCUGUACCCUGUUCUGGGUUAAAACAAGCAAACAAAAAAAUACAACAAACAAAUAAACAAAAACAAAACAAAAAGCACCAAAACUUUAAAAACCUUUGUGAUACAGCCUGGAACUACUGUAGCUGAGCACAUGGAGUUUUAUUCCUACUUCCUCCCCUCCCAGAGGGAACGUCUGCCAGUGAAAGGCAUUCUGAUUUUCCUUGGAGUGAGAGGUUUCAGAAUAUUGACCUAUUCUUGAAAUGGGAUCCUUUUGCUCUGAGCAGAGCAAGCAGUGAGGUUAACACAAGUCUGGCUGUCCUGUCCCUCGAUGCUGGCCAGGAUCUGAGCAGUUGAUGGCAUCAUACGCCCCCGCACUCAAGCAGAUCCAUGAGGUGAAGAAAAGCAGUGUUUAUUUAACAAAGCUGAUUAUUUUCUUAUGAUAGCUAAUUGUUAUUUUAGACUUAUCUCCCUUCAUGCUGUGGAACUGCAAAUAGAUUUAAAUACCAGAUGUGUGUUCAUCCCUCGUGAGAGUUAUCCUUCACAGAUGGAUUUAUGCAUGAAUAUUUGCAGAUACUGAAGUGUUGCCAAAUCAACUUAAUUACCCUGAUACUUCCAGAUCAGUAUCUAAACACAUUUUUUUCUAUGCGCUGUACAAAUGCCUCCAAUAUGCAGUCAUGGAGUAUUUUAGCACUUUUUGCCUUAUCCAGGUGCUUUAGCUGUGCAUGAGUGAGGGAAGAGGUAGCGUUAGGAUUCAGAGCUGAUGUCUGUUCUCAGAGCUCGAUCAUGCUUAUUUUCUGGUAGCGUUUGAAAUGGAGGUUCACAUCAAAGCAACCGUAUUGCUAAGAGUUCAGAAGCCUAAAAUUAAGCAUGCGGAGCAUUGUGUGAAUACACGAAUGCCUGAUUUAUCCAUCUACUGAACAAUUGCAGCAACUAGAUAUGUAAUAUAUGAAAGGUGCCAGAAUCACUCCUAUUCAUACAGUUGACUUGAAAUUUGAAACAGUAAGACAGGAAUCCUCAUGUCAGAUGGUCUAAAAGACAACCAAGUAGCUGGAAACACCUGUUAGCAGAAAAGGUACUUGAGCACAAGACAGGACAUCCGCUCGUUGAUCUUAAUAAGUGUUAAUAUAUUUAAUUAUAGACUCAGCACUGUGGGACACGUUGCAGCAGUUUGGAUUCUGAUCAAAUGCUUUCCUGCAUCUCUUGUGUGGUUUUGGCGAUACUGGGCCAGACUGUGGCAUUCUAGGAGUACCAGUUGGAAAACAUGGGAUCCGGUAGUUCUGUAAAUGUCAACUACAAGUACUCUCUACAGAAGUCUGAAAAUGCUUUCAAGGCAGCUGUUCUGAUCCAAAGGUGGUAUCGGCGCUACGUUGCUCGCCUGGAAAUGCGCCGACGGUGCACUUGGAGAAUCUUUCAAUCCAUUGAGUAUGCCUGUGAGCAGGAUCAGAUCAAGCUUCACAACUUCUUCAGUUACCUCAUGGACAACUUCACACCAAGCAGCAGUAAAGAAAGGGAUUUUAUCAGUCGCAUGUUCAUAAGUGGAGAAAGCUUCAAAGAGGCAGAGCUGGAGAAGUACUGUGACUACGAAUCCCUGGAGGUGCCAGACUCCUAUACUGGACCCCAUCUCUCUUUCCCACUCCUUCCUGACCAUGCGACUGCCUUGCUGGAAGCUUUCAAACAAAAACAACAGCUCCACGCUCGCUAUGUCUUAAACCUUCUACAUGAGACCAGGAAGCACCUCAAGCAGUUGCCAAACAUCAGUCAUGUCUCCACCUGCUAUAGUGAGGAGGUCACUGUGUGUGGAGACUUGCAUGGCCAGCUGGAUGACUUGUUCCUCAUAUUUUAUAAGAAUGGCCUUCCUUCUCCUUCCAAGUCCUAUGUGUUCAAUGGGGACUUUGUAGAUCGGGGCAAACAGUCCCUCGAGAUCCUCAUCAUCCUCUUUACCUUCCUCUUGAUAUAUCCAAAAGAGGUUCAUCUCAACCGUGGGAACCAUGAAGACCACAUGGUCAACUUACGGUAUGGGUUCCUUGUGGGGCUGAUGACAAUGUCAAGGGUGUCACUACAAAAUCUUACUCAACUUCUGUUCUCUUGUUCCUUUAGGUAUGGUUUCACCAAGGAAGUCAUGCAGAAAUACAAGUUGCAUGGGAAGAAAAUCUUGAAGAUGAUUCAGAAUGUCUUCUGCUGGUUACCUCUGGCCACCCUGAUUGAUCAGAAAGUCCUUGUUAUACAUGGGGGCGUCUCUAAUACUACUGAUCUGGACAUGCUUGAGAAAAUUCAAAGGAACAAAUUUAUUUCUGUACUGAGAGCGAAGAAAAGAAAAGAGUUAAACAGAAAUGUGGAAAUAAAGGAGAUAAAUGGGGAGAGCCAAGCAGAGCCUGAUUCAGCAGGGAACGAGACAAUGUCCAGCUUACCCUCACAGCCCCGACCAGCCCAGGCUCCCAGCAUGGCCAACAGGGUGGAGUUCUCCAGGUGGGUUCGGCAGACAGUGCAGGAGCAAAUCGAGUGGUGCCGCAAGUUGGUGGACAUCAGUGAUUCGGAGGAGGAGGAGCUCACUUGCUCCAGUUUGGUCUCCUUAACAGAUUUGGAUGGGCCAUGCUGGACUCGACAAGAGGAGUGGAAGCAGAUUUUAGACAUUCUCUGGAGUGACCCCAUGCCUCAGGAGGGCUGCAGAGAAAAUACGGUGCGAGGCGGCGGCUGCUACUUUGGGCCUGAUGUGACGGGGAAGAUCCUUGAGAAGUACAACCUGCAGUUUCUCAUCCGCUCCCAUGAGUGCAAGCAAGACGGCUAUGAGUUCUGUCACAACCGGAAGGUACUGACCAUAUUUUCAGCCUCAAACUAUUAUGAGAUUGGCAGCAACAGGGGAGCCUACGUGAAGCUGGGGCCAGACCUGGUGCCCCAUUUUGUUCAGUACCAAGCGAACAAGACAGCCCACACCCUCACCAUGACCCAAAGAAUCAGCAGAGUAGAGGAGUCAGCCUUCCGAGCCCUGCGGGAAAAGCUGUUUGCUCACACCUCGGCCCUCAUCAGUGCAUUCAAGGUGUACGAUAAAGACAAUACAGGAAGGAUCACGCUGAGCAACUGGGCAACGGCCGUGGAGUCAGUCUUGCGCCUGGGAUUGCCGUGGCGGAUGUUGAGACCACAGCUGGUGCGCAGCACGGCAGAUGGCAUGCUGGAGUACAAGUCCUGGCUUGAUGAUUUGGCCAUGGAGCAGAGGAGCCAAGAGCACAUCCAGUCGAGCUUGCUGGAAGUUAUCUAUCGAAACAGAUCCAACCUGGAGACCAUAUUCAGGAUCAUAGACAGAGAUCAUUCAGGUCUCAUCUCAUUUGAGGAGUUCCACCAAACCUGGAAGCUGUUCAGCUCUCACAUGAACAUUGAGCUCACAGACGAUGGCAUCAAUGACUUAGUUCGCAGCAUUGAUUUCAAUAAAGAUGGAAACAUUGACUUCAACGAGUUCCUAGAAGCCUUCCGCCUUGUCAAACAGUCCCAGUAGUGAGAACCCAGGGCGGAUCAUCACAUCCAAUGCCUUGUCUGCAAAGCCAGAAGGACUGCUGUCUACCUAACUGCAGAGCAUGCCCACAGCUACAAAACAGGGAAAGGGAAAGCAGGUUCCUGGUGCUCUUCAUCGAAGGCAGGGGCCACCCAGCCAACAUCUGUGAUCCAUUUGG